AUGUUACCGUUAUAUAGUACGCAUAGUGUAAAUCAAUUAAUGACUAAUUGCAAGUCAUCGAAUACGACCGCCGGUAAAGCACCAGUACGACCAUCUUCACCGCGUCAAUUUUUUGCUCGUCUUUACGGUCAUCUCGAACCGGGUAAUAACGAAACUGAAUCUCCCGGUAGUGUUCUAUCGAAGGUUAAAUCUCUUAAUAUGUCAGCGAAUGAUGAUAAUAAUAAUAAGUCACUACCAUCAACAUCGAACAACAACAACAAUGAUGUUAAUUAUCAAAGUGACGGCAGCAGUACAUCUUCAUCUGAUUUAUACAUAAGUGAUAAAAGAGUUGACGGCAGCUAUCAGUCUCACAACGUUUUAUCAGAUAAAACCCAAGAAGUCCCUAGGGAUGAAUCGAAUAACAUAAUGUGUUCAUCAACAUAUGUUGGCUUGCCGUUUAGCUUUUCAAAUGACGCAUCUCUUCCAACUGGUCUAACGGCAUUUUUGGCUCGUCGUCGCCGCAAAGAACGUCAACAACGCCGUCAACGUACUACAUUUAGUAAUGAACAAACGCUGCGUUUAGAAGUAGAAUUUCAUCGUAAUGAAUACAUAUCACGUAGCAGACGAUUUGAAUUGGCUGAUGCGCUAUGUCUGUCGGAAACACAAAUUAAAAUCUGGUUUCAAAAUCGUCGUGCCAAAGAUAAACGUAUUGAAAAAGCACAAAUCGAUCAGCAAUAUAGAAACUUUGUCGUGGCGAACGGUUUUAUGACCUCUAUAAUAGGACAAACUCCUUACUCACCGGCAAUGAUAACAAAUUUUCAACAAAAUUUCUAUCAACAUCAACAGUUACAGCAAACGGCUAUAACGCAGAAUGUAAAUAAAUCAACAAAUAGUUUAAUAUCUUCGAAUGCAAGUCAAUCGGCAACAAUUAAUACGAAUAACCUGAUAGCAACUCAGUCUAGAAUUCCUAGUAUUGAUGCAGGGACAAAAACUCCACAUAGCGCCGUAACACGAAUAGAGGCCAUCAAUAACAUCACUAUUGCCAACAACAUUAACUACAACAACAUUCAUAGCUUUCAUCAUAAAGACGAUCAUUCACUCGCCACCAACAACAGCAACAAUGGAAGCCAUUAUAUCGCUUCAACUCCGUUUAGCAGUCUUAUAAAUUCAUGUUAACAUAUA